UUUUAGCAGGCCUGCCAUUCCGGGACCGAGAGUGGAUUGCUCUGUGCCAGAAAAUAUUAUAUUCUGCCGCCCCGAACCUAAUUUACCUUUGCCGUAUCCGAAAUGGCCGAUCUAGGUGCUCCGGUUCGUGUCUCUCCUUUGAUUCGGUUCGGCCGCUGGUCGUUCCUGGUCGUCGGAGUUGCCUACGGUGCUUACCAUCAGCAGCGUCUGGCCAAGCGAGAGGUUGGAAUUCGCGAAGUCGAGGCACAACAAAAGGUCAUCCGGGACGCAAAAUUGGCCGUGGAGAAGAAACGGAACCAGGAGGCCGAAGCAAAGGCCAUCGCUGAACUGUCCGGACCGAGUAAGAAGUAAACAGAUUGAAGGUAGCGUUUUAUCCCGUCUGAAGACAUCUAACAACAUGUGUCUUGUAAAAUAUGCAGUUCUGGUUGAAUAAUAAACUCUUACUUAGGA